ACACCCAUCAACUAUCUCCUCGUCAACCUGGCCGCAGCGGACAUCUGUUACGUAACAUUUGUUACACCAACAAUUUUUUUAAGCCACGAUGUCGACCAUCCAAAGGGAAUUUUGUGCGCAGUUGUAACCGGGGGAGGACUAGCGUGGAUUGGAGCUGAGGCCUCAUUAUUUACAGUGCUUGCCGUUGCCUUUGAAAGGUACUUCGCCGUUGUACAUCCCUAUGGAAACCGCGGAAAGCUAACGUUUCACAAAGUAAAGGUGUGUUUCUUUGAAAUAAAAUGUUAUGCAGGUAGGAAUUUGUCUCGUCCGUAUGCUGGCUCGUGUUGAGGCAAACUGAUUAAGAAACAGGUAGACAUAUCGUGGGCGGAUCUGAUGGGGAGGGUUGCGGGUGGUGUCCUGGUCUCGCCCCUCCAUUCUUACUCCCAAAUGCUCUUUCCUUAUCUCAGAGACGAACUUUAUAUCUAAGACAUUUUUUCGUCUCGAAAAAAAUAACUGACUUUUAGAUGUGUGAUUCAACUUUUUAAAUAUUUUUUUGUCUCUUUAUUUCAGGUGAUUAUUCCUGGAAUUUGGAUCCUCGCAGCAAUAAGCAAAAUCCCAAGAUUCAUAAAACGGAGCCGUUUUGAGAAGGAAAAUAUGUCUAACUACUGCAUUUCUUUAUUAACUGAGGAAGGCGUAAAGGCCCUCUUUACUGUUUACACUUCAAUUAAUUCUGUUUUGUUUAUUUUUCUGGUCUUGUUAUACUCCAAGGUGGUGUACACCUUAUGGUUCAAGAACAGUGAUGAUGUACUUACACAUUAUCAACAGGUAUGCGGUAGGACAUAACUAGGUUUAGCCCCGGAAAGUGGGAUACUCAACAACGCGGGAGGCUCCCCCUUGAUGUCCGACCCCUUAUCCUUUUAUAUACUAUUUUUGACAGAAGAGAUGCCCUUUUCGGGCGGAGCCUCACAAUAUAGGCAAUUAAAGGAAGUAGACAAGACGAAACACUUGGUAUUAUAGGUCACUUAUAUUGUACACUUGGGUAACCUGUGGUUUAUGUAUUUGUUUUGUAUACAGGGUGUGUUGAGGUUAAGGAAGCGCGCCACCUUAACGGCUGUUACCAUCAGUGCCAUUCUUGUAAUCUCUUGGGGAGCAGAAGGAAUAUUGCACCUGAUUCAAGAUUAUGCUAGCUCCGUGAAACUGAGUCCUUUUACAACUCGUAUCGCGCACAUGAUAAUGAUAUUUAACUCUGCCGUCAAUCCCUUUGCUUACGCUUUGCUGAACCAAAGAUUCAGGAAGAAAAUGAAGCAAAUGGUAUGUCCGCGUUCUUUUAGAACAAGGGUUUAUUCUGUGUGCGCGCGACAACGUGAACGGCAAGACAACGAGGUGGCAAUCAGCACCGGUGACAUCCCUAUGACACAGAAACCCAACUGA